AGUAUUUUCUGCAUAGAUCUCUCUGAUUCCCUACUUAAAAACACAAGACAAGAGCUGCUCUGCUAUCCGCAAAUAGUCUUUGAUAGUGUAAAGAGCUUGAUUUUGUCCUCCACCCUUCGUGCUGCAUUUGGAUUUUUCCUCAAAGACUGUCACAUUCUUGCUCUCCAGGCAGGUGAAGAGGAUGGUCACAUACAUGGUCACUUGGUAUUCUUGACUCAAUGAAAAAAGGAAAUGAUUCAAAGGUGACAGAAUUUGUUCUUUUGGGCCUAUCAUCCUCUUGGGAGCUGAAGCUAUUUCUCUUCUUAAUAUUUUUGUUGUUUUACAUGGCAAUUGUCCUGGGAAACCUCUUGAUAGUGGUAACAGUGCAAGCCGAUACUUGCCUACUCCAGUCUCCAAUGUACUAUUUUUUGGGCCAUCUGUCCUUCAUUGACCUAUGUCUGAGCUGUGUUACUGUGCCCAAGAUGUUAGGGGAUUUCCUAUGGCAGGGCAAGAUCAUCUCUUUUUCAGGAUGCCUGGCUCAGAUCUACUUCCUGCACUUUCUGGGAGCCAGUGAGAUGCUUCUGCUGACAGUGAUGGCCUAUGAUAGGUAUGUUGCUAUAUGUGAUCCACUGCACUACCUGACAGUCAUGAACCGCCAGCUAUGCUUCCAGUUGGUUUUUGCCUGCUGGUGUGGGGGUUUCAUUCACUCCAUCACACAGGUCAUACUGGUCAUGCUGCUGCCCUUCUGUGGCCCCAAUGAACUGGACAACUUCUACUGUGAUGUUCCACAGGUCAUCAAGCUAGCCUGCAUGGACACAUAUGUAAUAGAGAUACUGAUGGUCUCGAACAGUGGUCUGCUGUCUCUUGUCUGCUUUUUGAUCUUGCUCUUCUCUUAUGCUGUCAUCCUCAUCACCCUGAGGACUUGCUUCCACCAGGGCCGGAGCAAGGCACUCUCUACCUGUGCCUCGCACCUAACAGUGGUCAGCCUGAUCUUUGUGCCAUGUGUAUUCAUCUACCUGAGGCCUUUCUGCAGCUUCUCUGUGGAUAAGGUGUUCUCCAUCUUUUACACAGUGAUCACACCUAUGUUGAACCCUCUCAUCUACACACUCAGAAAUGCUGAUAUGAAGACAGCCAUGAAGAAGCUCAGCAAAAAGCACGUGGCAUCCUGCUGGCCAUGUUAAAGGAUGAGCAGGAAGAGCAUUUCCACAGAGCUCCAUUGCCUGCAAUAAGCAUCCAGAAGAACAAACAGGAGGAAAACAACAGACAGAAAGUAGUGUGUGGGUUUAUAGGAAUGGUUGAAUGAUGCUGUGGUUCUGCUAGGCACAUAACUGGAACAAG